ACACACACACACCGGCGCCAUUAACACAAGCCAGUCCAGUCCUUUCCUCCCGGCCCGGCUAGCGAGUACGUAGCUGCUUGUGGAAUGGCGACGACGACGACGACGGCCGCCGAGCUGAAGCCGCUCGCGGCGCUGUCGCUGCUGCUGGUCCUGGUCCUGGUCCUGGUGCUGGUGGGCGGCGGCGCCGACGCGCAGGAGGCGACGUGCGCGGGGCAGCUGAGCGGGCUGGCCCCCUGCGCGCACUACAGCGUGCCGCCGCCGCCGGGUCAGGCGCCGCCCGCGCCGGGGCCGGAGUGCUGCUCCGCGCUGGGGGCCGUGUCCAGGGACUGCGCCUGCGGGACGUUCGCCAUCAUCAACAGCCUGCCGGCCAAGUGCGGCCUCCCGCGAGUCACCUGCCAGUGAUGACCAGUAGCGCGCCGUUGGCGAGGUGAAGGUGCAAGAGCAACAAGCCAAGAAGAAGAAUAAAAAGAUGGAAGAUCGUCUCUGAUGGAUGGUCAUCCAGAAUCUAGACCUAGCUGCUGCUAUCGGGCGUUUUCCUUUUUCCCUCCCUUUCCCUCCCUUUUUUUUAUUAAGGUUUGAUAGCUUCAUCAGCAGUUCAGCUAGUCCUGUCCGCUGGUCUCAGUGAAUGAAUGUUGAGAAAACGCUGGCAGCAGUUCCUACA